CCACAAAUAUAGUAUUCUUUUAUUUAUUUAUUUUUGGGUAAUAAAGACUUUAAAAAGGAGGCUGCGAAAAUGUGACUUGUGUUAUACCCUCUCACCCUACUCUAUAUAUAUGUAUGAUGAUUGAUUAGCAAGCUCCAAUUUUCUCAUACCUCAUAACUUGUUACUAUAAGCUCUUCUUUCAUACACAUACUAAGAGAAGGGAUGCUUAGAGAAGACUUCACCUUCCCAAUAAUCACCACCACCUCCACCACCAACAACAAAGUUACAUAUUUGGCAGAAGUGGCACCAUCUCUGUGGAGAAUUUCAUCUCUUGAAGUUCAUCCAAACUCAUAUCAUCUUCAAGUUGAGGUCAUCAAUGGAAGAAAAGGGUUCUCCACCGCAAGAUUUUCUGAAAUGGCUGUGGAUGCAAAUUAUCAAGAGGACAAGAUGGACAUGCUGUGGGAAGACUUCAAUGAUGAUGAGAUGGAGGAGGCAUUGACAAGUAAUGUCUCUUUGAAUUUAGAGACUCAUAAUAAUCAUCAUCAAGAAUGUUGCAAUGAAGAGGAUCAUGCAAGAGAGAUUCUUUAUCAACCAGAUUUGAAGAUGUCGAAUGAGCAGACUAGGACCACUUGUAGUAGUAAUGCUCUUAUGGUUUCACAAAAGAGGAAUAAAAUGAUUUUGCUCUUUAAGGUUUUGAUGAAGAAGCUCUUGUUGCUACACAACAUGGGAAGCUUCAAAAAACAUAGAUCUUGAAUCUGGCAUGACACCACCUUGUAAGCCUUCUUCUUCUUUUUAUCUUCGCCCUUUUUUGUACCUUGGGAAUUUUUGAGUGGUGAAAUCUGGAGGCUUUUUUCUUUUUCUUUCUUUUUUUUUUUUUUUGUGUAAUCUCCCCACACAGUCAAAAGGAUGUGAGUCUUACAAUUACAUGAAAUAAUUACAAUGUUUAUGGUACCGCCCUCUAUCCCAAUAUAGCUAAUUUUGACAGCUAAACUUUCAAAUUGAAUUUACGGGGAUUUGUGUCAUCCAAAAAUUAUGAUAAAAUUAACAAAUUAAUGUUAUUUAUAUUCCACCUGUUUCCUAGCAUGAGUUGUU